UGGCGCUGCGUGCUGCUCUGUGCGUGGCAGUCUACGUUAGUUCUUCUGUCUGAGACGCGUGAAUGAAUGCACGAGUACGUUGGCAUUAUCUUCAUUUCCAGUUUCAUCGGCAAUUUACAGAAUGCGGAGGUGAAAACGGCCGGACUCGCCGAUCGAGGUACAAAUCCUUGACGGUAUACGCUGGUAUUACACCAGGUAGUAUUAUUUGUAUUGUCUGGAAGCUGUUCCUGGGCGAGAAUCACGCAUGCAUUCAAACAGAGGAUUAUCGCGGAGGAACUGCCUCGACACCAUGAGCUGCAGUUGGGGGACGGAGCUGUGGGAUCAGUUUGAUAACCUAGAGAAACACACUCAGUGGGGCAUUGAGUUUUUGGAGCGCUACACCAAGUUUGUGAAGGAACGGUCUGAAAUUGAACUGAGCUAUGCUAAACAGAUCAGGAAUCUGUCCAAGAAGUAUCAGCUCAAGAAGAAUUCCAAAGAGGAGGAAGAAUUCAAGUACACCACAUGUAGAGCGUUUCUGAUUACCUUAAAUGAGCUGAAUGACUACGCGGGUCAACACGAGGUCAUCGCCGAAAACCUGUCCACUCAGAUAAUCGCAGAGUUGACCCGCUACACUCAAGAACUGAAGGCUGAGCGAAAAUCGCAUUUCCAUGAUGGCCGCAGAGCGCAACAACACAUUGAGAAUUCCUGGAAGCAGCUGGAAUCGAGUAAGAGAAGGUUUGAGAGAGACUGUAAGGAAGCAGAUCGCGCCCAGCAUUACUUCGACAAGAUGGACGCCGACAUUAACGUGACUAAAGCAGAUGUGGAAAAGCGGUGUUCUCUCAAGGCGAAACAGCAAGCUCAGAUGAGGCAUCAGAUAGCAGAGGACAGUAAAAACGAGUACCUGACCUACCUGCAGAAGUUCAACAAGGACCAACAUGAGCACUACUACACGCUUAUACCACAUAUCUUUCAGAGGAUACAGGAGAUGGAGGAGAGGCGGGUGGGCAGGGUGAGGGAGAGCAUGCGGGUGUACACCGAGGUCGAGCAUAAAGUAUUGCCCAUCGUCAGCAAGUGUCUGGAUGGCAUGACCAAGGCAGCUGAAUCCAUCGAGCCUAAAAUGGACAGUAAGCAAGUUGUAGAAUCAUACAAGUCGGGCUUUGAGCCGCCGGGUGAUGUGGAGUUCGAGGACUACAGUGUGUCGAUGAAGAGGGCGGUGUCAGAAUCGAGCUUCCUGAACGCUCGCGGAGAGAACAGACGCAGGAGCAGGAGCAAACUGUGGCCUUUACUCAAGAGAAAUAAGGUUCGGCAUCAGACAACACCUACUGAAGCCACAAAUAAGCAAAUCAAAGAGCCCAUUUCUCAAUGUGCUUCAUGCACCAAACACAAAAUGCACUGCCUGCGGAGCCUGAAACGUGGGCUUUCUCUAAAGCUGGGAACAGGCCAGGAGGACUACAGUCAUCUGCCCCCUGAGCAGAGGAGGAAGAAACUACAAGCUAAGCUCAAUGACAUCAACAAGGACAUCCACAAAGAGAUGGAUCAGAGGGACGCCCUGACUAAAAUGAAAGAUGUUUACAUUAAGAAUCCUCACUUGGGGGAUCCAGACAGUAUAGAUCCACGGUUAGAGGAAAUCACACAAAGCUUGGAAAAAUUGCAGCUUGAGGCACAUAAAUUUGAGGGCUGGCUGACGGAGGUGGAGAGGAAGCUACUUGAAAAGGGAUCCGAGUCUCAGAGAAGACAGAGCAGUCAUUUUGACUCGCAGGGCAACACGCCACUUACAAACAACUACGGUCAAAACCGAGAGAGUCCGGAUGGCAGCUACACGGAAGACCCCAGCACAGAGACGACCAUGCAGUUCAAAUCUCGCAGCACUGAGUUCGAUGACGAAUUUGACGAGGAGGAGCCUUUACCCACCAUUGGAACAUGCAAAGCACUUUAUCCAUUUGAAGGUCAGAAUGAAGGUACCAUAUCCAUGGCCGAGGGUGAGAUGCUGUACGUAAUCGAGGAGGAUAAGGGUGACGGAUGGACCCGUGUCCGCAGAAACGAGGACGAGGAAGGAUACGUGCCCACAUCCUACAUCAAACUCUUUUUGGACACGAAUGCCAAAGGUGCUAUGACAUACAUAUAAUCCCACAUCACUGAACACCCGGAAAGCGCCAUUAGUGAACACUGUUUACCUGUACAUACAGUAGAACAUCAUGAAAAUGUUCUCAUUGAACAGAGAAGCAGACAGCAGAGCACUUCCUGUUUUUACAAGUUCAAGAUGCCAGGUGUCAUUUCUCUGUUUGGUCCUUAUUUACCUUUUUAAUUAUUGCUCCCUUAGACUUUAUCAGUAUUAAACUAGUUCUGCAUCCAUAAGGGUACAGUGAAUUAGGCAAUAAAGACACAGCUGCUGUGUAAAUUUGAUAUACCUGAUGGAAAUGACUGCUUUACCAACAUAUCAUGUUCAUAUUUAGCAUUAUAGCUUGGCAUUAUGGUGGUUUUAAGCUAUAAACAAGAUAUGUAGAUACUCAUGUUCAUAUUUUUAAUGAUCUACAAGCAAUCAGAUACUUUUAGAUUAAGAAUGAAAUGAUUAGAAAAUGUCAAAAGCAAUUAUUCUCAAUCCUUCUGGCAAUAAAGAUCAUUAUUUACUGAUAUUUUGACCUUAAAACUACAGAAUAAGUAGCAAUCCUGCAUUUUAACUAUAGUCCAACUGUGACUAUUUUAAUUAUAAUAAUUUUUUAAGACGUCAUAAUAUCUGACUUGAGAGAAUCUUUUGCAUGAGAGAUGGAAUAGAAUAUUUUCUCAGGUGUGUACUUUGGAGUACAUCCUUGUACCUCAAAAAAAAAAAAUUUCUUUCCCCAACGGCAAAUCACAUUCGAUUUAAAAGCAUAUCAUUAAAUGUGAAGAGCUUAAGCAAUUAAUGCAUGCAUCUGUGAGACUUUUGCUAGCUUUGCAUUUACUGCUGUACAAAAAAGAUCAACGUUAGAAGUAAAAAAUAUACCAUAGUUAACGCGAUGCCUUUCGGUCUUGUGAGCGUUGAAGCAAUAAUUGAAAAGAUGCAUGUUAUUCGUACACUGACCAGCAUGGAAAACUAACACUUAACAUGAAGUUAAAUAGAAAUUUUCCAGAAGGUCAUUGCCGUGUGUAUUAGAAAUACCUGCAG